AUGUCACCAGCGACAGUUCUAGGUAAGGCUGGUCCUCAGCUCACUGGCGGUGCCAUCGUUAGCUAUGGAAUUCAGGAUAUAAUGGUGACCCGGUAUGAUGUACUCGUGUGCGCCGGACGGCUGAGUUGGGAGAUCCCACAUUCUUCUGGGGCAGGCUUUAUGCGUCAGGACACCGUGAUCACAAGACAUGACAUCAAAUUCGAUACCGAACGAACGCUCAUUUAUCGUCAGGAUAUUUCUGAAAACGCCCAUAAUCUCGCAGACGAGUCAAACCUUGAUGCCAGGGCGGAACUGGGUACUUUUCGCCGUGACUUUGCGCAAAGUGGUAGUGUCACUACGGCCAUGACUUCCGCCACUGGUAAACCUGAGUAUGCGCCGGUGUCCCGUCCAAAUGCGGUAGCAUCAUCGAAACCUCGAGUUCGUCUAGAUUGCGCCAUUCAAGAAUCUGACGGGCUCUCUACCGUGGUUAGCGCUGCUGAAUACUCUGCAAGCGAGCAACGCACUCCGGUCCGUUCGUUCGGUGGAUCCAAAAUCACAGGGUUUCGCGAGGCGGUCAAUGUCGAUCACCGGAGCGAAUAUAGCAGUCUACCGCCUGAACCUCCAGCUCAAUCGGCACAUGCGGGUUUUGUCCAGGAUGUCUUGCCGCUUCGAAGACAUCCAAACGCUGCUUUCUCUCGUGGCACUUGGGCAGGCACCCAAGGAAGCACCGUUUUAGAUUAUGGGUCAGACUUCUUCCCCAGUGCUACUCAAGGGUCCUCGUCGAGCACGAACGAGCGCUUGAAUCGGCAGAUUGUAUGCGCCAAUAUUUGGAGGGCGGAGGAGAGUAUCACGCACGGCAGGCGAACAGUUGCCGUCGAGAGUCUCGGGCAAUCCGAGAAUGUCAUGGUAUCGAACACUAACACCAAUGUCUUAUCUCUGUCCGAACCAGGUAUUGCACAGGGCGCGGAACUCGGUCGCAUCCGAUCUGCACGCGAGCGUCAGUUCUCAGAGAUCAACGUGGCUUUAACAACUUUCGUGCAGACCUCGAGCUAUCGCUCGAUUGAGAAUGGAGUUAAGAGUUCUCUAGUCACUAUAUCCGAAGGAUCUCGUUGUUCAGAUGUAGUGACAGGUCAACCCGAUCAACACUUUCCCUCUCCAAAAUCUGACAGCAACGAACAGGCAGAACAGACUGUAGAAAGUAGAGGCCGUCGUGAACCGGAGACGGGAAGCGAGCUUAUGAUAUCCCAUUCCCAUUCUGUCGAGCGAUCCACGUCGAAGACUGCGGUAUCGAAAACUACUACGCAAACAGAUGAAGACACCAAUUUCCCUGCGCUGCCCCCGUCCCAGAUGACCACGCUACCCGCUUCUGAUCCGCGUAUCCCGCAGAAUGUGGGAGUCGAUUUCAUACAGUCCGGAUGCGAGCACCCGUCUUCCGGUGUUGACCAGACCUUGAACCAUGAUUGCUCGACUGAGAGCAAAGGGUAUCGAUCUGCCCAGUCAUUCUCUUGUAGUGACGAGCCUGAAACAACCUCAUCGGUCCACGUCUGUCUGUCCUUGGCGCAAAAUAGUUCAAAUUCACCGUCAUCCAUGGAAAAAGCAGUCGACAACUUGCAGAAGUCGAGUUCGGUCUCUAACGAAAUUUCAAAAUCAUCUUUCACAUCGACAACGUGUCACAAUCAGUCUCUUGUCGCUAGCACGCAUGAAGAAUCUUGUGGCCAAGAUAUGACCAGGGACCAGCUUCAAAGUUCAUCGCAAGCACUUCCCAACGUCGCACCGUCUAAAAGCCUACAACCGACAAGCAGAAAUCGCUUUCUCGAAAUACGAAGGGUUGUUGACUGUAUCGAGGACAAUUUGUCAGGCCUAGGACCGAGUUGGGUCAUAUGCGAAGGCGUCAAGGUCGGCUGGUAA